AUGCAUCUUUGCCACGGAGGCUUACCAACGAUAAGAAGAAAGGUGGCUAAGCAACGAGACAUUUGUAUGGUUCAUCUCCAGGCGCUUGGUGGGUUCGAUGGUAUCUUGUCAACUAGGCCACUAAGGCAGAUCCUUCAUAGUCCAAAAACCCGAAGAGUGGUGUCCUUUUUCUAUACAUCAAAGGCGAGCCCGAAUUUUGGGCUUGGGGCUGAGUCGCCCCUGAGAUCCCCCAAGGCGGCCCCUCCCGUGAGCAUAUAUUCACGCCAACGGUUUAUUUUCGAUGGUGACAAUGCUCAUUAUCGCCGUCAUGUUGGGCAGAUGCUUCUUUUGACGCCCGAGACGAGUUGGCAUUCAUCCCCUAUAACCCAUAUAUCUAUAUCCCUCCCGUGCCGCCGAAUCUCGCGCGUGAUGACGGCAGCUCGCAGAAGGGGCCUGCAUCGCAUUCUCUCCGACAUUCCAAAGCUACUACUUCACAGUAAGGCCUGGUUUGACGAUAGAGACAGCGAGCAGAACGAGGCCAUUGCUCCUACUAUUAUCUGCUCAUAUGAGGAAAGACUAUUAGAACUAUACCGUCCAUACUACUCAAACAAUAAGGAACCGCCCCGCUGA